AUGUUCUUGAGACAUCUUUUAAGCGGAAUUGUUUGUCGUAUUCAUCCGUACGAAAGAGCGAAAUAUUAUCGGAUUUACACCAUCAUAUUAAAUCCAAUAUUAACAUCUCUGUGUAUAUUAUUGAUUAAAUUAUUUAUCUAUGAUCCGAUACUAUCAAAAUUACAAAUCCAGCAACAACAAAUUUCUAACCGAGAAUCGUACAUUGAUUUGCAGAAAUUGCUGUUCUACCAACUAUUCGGACGUUUGGCCUUGUACUUUAACUCUUACCUUUCAUUAUUUGAAAUGAUUGUUUUGACUUUAUUAGUUCCGAACAGCUGGACUUUGAUCUGGAUACUCUAUGCCUUUUAUAAUGUAGCAAGCGCGCAUAAUUUGAUUACUUAUUUCAAAGAGUUAUUUUUCAGUUUGGAUGAAUUUAACGCAGCGAUGGAUGAAGCACGCCGUGUUAAUUAUCCACCAUCAUCUUCGUCAUCCUCAACCAAUUCCCUAAAUUCCACUAUUAUUUCUCCAAUGUUGAAAGGUCCUUUAAGCUCAAUGAAUUUGCAACAAUUAUUACUCUUCCAAAAAGAUUUAAACUCAGAAAUUGAAAAACGAAGAGAGACACAGAGUCAUGAAGCAACACAAAUUGAUGAGCUAGAUUUAAUUUCAAAAAUUUGUGUUGUUUGUCGAUCCAAACCACCAUGCUACAGGUUCAAGCCAUGUUAUCAUACAUGUGUUUGCGAGGAUUGUGUGUUGAGUUAUUGUGAAAUUCAACACGACGAUAAUGACUAUACAGAGGAAGAAGGGGAUGAAGAUGGAUCUUUCUUCCAAAAUUUGGUGUUUAAAGCCAAAUCUUUUGCUACCGAUAUGUGUCCAAUUUGUAGAAUGCCAAUAACGGGUGUGGAAUAUUACAAACAUUUUAUACCUCAUCAAAAAAUUUCAUCAGAAGAGUUUCAUAUGAAUGGCCGUAUGCGAGGCUACAACGAAACUCUGAAAUUGAUUCAACAUAUUCGAGAAAAUCCAACGCUAAAAGAUCGACUGAUACACUGCACACAAUAUUUUAAACUUUUUGAAUGA